AUGACGAGCGUCUCAUUGCUUAUUAAUCCUGUUUCGUUAACGGUGGAUGAACAAUAUACUAGUGAGCUAGAAGGAUAUCUUACCGAAGAUGAUUUUUAUGCGCGCAUUGCCCUAAUCAACGAAACUACAAAAUUCUACAUAAGCGAACACAGACAAACCGAAGAAAUUCCGGAAAGUUCAGAACUUACGCUUAUCUCGGAGUUGGCAAAUAAAUUUAACUCUAUAGAUAAUCAAAAAGGUAUCAAUUGGCGAUAUACUCUUGAAAUCUCGAGCACAUAUGAUUCCAAUUCUUAUACUCAUAGCAUCAUUAUCGAAAUUGACCAACCAAGUGCUAUUGGAGUCAUUAUCCAUAAUUAUCAAGGCGAAACUUCAAAUGAACAGAGAAGCAUUAAGAAUACUGAUAGCAAUGAAUCAACACCACUUCUUUAA